UUCUAGUGUGUUUCGUACGUAGUUCUAUAGUUCGUAGAGUCUUAUUCAUGAGUGCCGUGUAAAAGUCUAUCGUAGACCUCUAGAAACUGUUUUUCUUUUAUUCGUUAUUACCAUGCAAGUGAUGUGAAUGUGGAUGUGUUGUUUCCAGUGACCAGUUGCGAGAGGUUGUUUGGGUCUCUAAUCAAAAGAAUUAAAAAGAGAUGGUGUGAUAUGAAAAGAUAAAAUUGAAAAAAUGGAUUUUUCAAACAAACGCUGUUUCAAACUCGUAUAAAAUGGUCACAACUCACAACUCACAACUCAGACAGAAAAAAAGGGUGAGGAAGUUUCACAAUGAGACUAUUAUCAAACCAGAUCUCUAGAGAAAAAGUGAAGCUUGGAGAUCACAUCUACACAUGGCGUACUGCCCACGCCUACGCUCACCACGGAAUCUAUGCAGGCAAGGGGAAAGUCAUACAUUUCACUCAUGGAGGUGGUCCACCAAGCGGGAUCUCCGUUAGUUCAACUGUUAAAUAUUAUCCUCUGUGUCUGAUUUGCAAAGAGCAUUACAACUUCGAAGGUUACAAGGUCAUUCACUCUUGUCUUGAUUGCUUUCUUGCUGGAGGAGAUCUCUACCUCUAUGAAUACAAUGUUUCUAUGCGUUUUUUUAUUGCCAAAACUAUUGGUGGUACUUGCACAUUAGCACCUUCAGAUCCUCCUGAGGAUGUUCUUGUCCGUGCAAACUUCCAUUUAAAGAUAGAUGGGUGCUUUGGUGAGUAUCGCCUCAGAAAAAACAAUUGCGAAGAUUUUGCUAUCUACUGUAAAACUGGUUUUCUGGUCUACAAAAAGAAUAGUUUUGGAACCAGUGGUCAAGUCAAUGCGGUUGCUGCAGCUUCGCUUGGUUUAGCCGUAAAUGCCUGUGGGUUAACUAUGCUCGGAAUUAGUGCGUACUGUUACAUUCGCGUUAAAAGUGACGUAAGUAGGAUGCAUAGGAAGGGUAAAGUUAUCGAGGUCCCUGCGGAGAAGCUCGUUUCCAUAUUGGAAUCGGAUUGUACCUCACCAAGAGUAGAAUGGUUGAGCAUUGCCGGUUCCAAGGUUAAGGGUAAAUGAUGAUUAUGAUGCCUAGUUGGUUAUGUGGAGGAGAGAAUUUGAUUUUGCUUUUGCUUUCUACUAUCCUAUUUUGCUUUUUUUUUUUU